GUAGAGCCCAAAGAAAAAACAGACUCAAAGUCAUGGAUUGCUGUUGCCUUGGUGACAGAUGAUACCAGUCAAAAAGAAAAUGGCUCAAAGGCUCUGUUAUCCACCAAAGUUGAAUUGACACCUAUGGGAUCUGAUUCAACGUUCCAGGUAGAGGAAAAUAUGCAUUUUGGAAAUGGCGAAAAUGUGAAUAUCAAACCCAAAUCUAUUAAUUUGUCCCCACAAGGCAAGGAAAGUCCAGGCAUACUGCAACCAUUUGAAAUCUCCAGUCCAAAUCAAGAGAGUAAAACUGUGGACUAUAGCCAAGGUUCAAAAAACGUAGGAGAAGGAAUUGGGGUACUUCCUCCAACCAAUAACUAUUCCUAUCGUGUUUGCAAAGGAUCUCAUGCAGAAAAUCAAGUUCCAUGCAACACUAAGGAUGUUGACAGUUUAGGUGAAGAAGAGCCCAAGCUUUGUGUUUAUGAAAAAAAUAGAAGAAAGUCAGAAGUGAAUUUUGACUCUUCAACAAUUAUCGAACAAUGGAGUUUGAAAGACAACGUGAAGGCAGAGAGAGAGAGCAAAGGAAGAGAUAGUUACAUCCUAAAAUCUUCUUCAGAAUCAGAGACUAUUGAGUCACCCCCUGAGGCUACGAACAAUAAAUCUCCUUGGAAGAAGCCUAAGGUCCAACUACAAGAAGCAGGUGAGGUUCCCCAGAACCAAGUGCAAAGAGAGAAAUACAAAAGAGUAAGUGACAGAAUAUCCUUUUGGGAAGGUGAGAAACCUGCUGCUAACUUAACUCAUAAAGAACCGACAUCUUCAUUUAGUCAGGAACGACUUUCUGCUAAAGCAUAUCAGCCUGUGAAGUCCAUGGACAGUUUUUUAUCUACGGGCUGUAGUAAAUAUAAUAAUCAAGUCACUGCCAAACAAGUGGUCCUAGAUAAGGAUGGUCAAGCAGCCCAUCUCUGCCAUUUUUAUUCCUCAAAUAAAACUAAAGAGACCAGGUCCCAAAUAUCAGGUCCAUCCAAAAAUGAUCCUUCAGCUGACCAACCAGGUAAAGUGUCUCUGUUUCAGAAUAAGACAGCUGAGCCUAUAAGAUUACCAGUGACAGACAGUUUGCAUUAUGAAAAGGACAUCACUUUUCCACCACUGCAACUUCCUUCAAAUGUUGGGAGUGAAAUACAUACCUCUUUGGAGAAAGACAGAUCUCAAAUUGGUGAAUGGAAUCCCAAGUUUAAAGUUAUAUCCCUUAAAGAAAGAAUGGAUGAACCCAGUACAGAACAGGUCUAUAAUCACUCUCAAUUUGAGAAUUUGAGAAAGUUUUGGGACUUAGGAGCCAAUCUAAACAGUCAAGAUAAUAUCGAGAAGAAUACUAUCACAAGCCAAAAAAAUUCUGUGCCUUUUAAUAGCCAGAAACACAAAGAAUUCAGUGACAUUAAAUCAUCAGGAAAAAAUACCCAUGAAAGAGAGACGCUUCUAAGACAGAGAAAAGUUCCGGAAAGAGAGGAAAUAGAGAAAUUAAAUUCAAAGGGCACACUCCAGGUGUUACGAAAUGAAACCACAUUUCCAUUGAGACCACCCAGAAAGUCCACUCAUCAGUUGCCAGGAAGUGAGUCAUCAAAGGAAAACAUGGGAAAAAAUACAGAAGGGUUUGUUACUCCGGUGUUCAAGGAAGAAAAGGAUUACUCUGACCGAGAGAUUCAAGAAUCCAUCGUGAAAACAAGUGUUUUGUCUAAAGACUACAGAGACACGUUUAAUGACAGCUUACAGAAGCUGCUUUCAGAAGCCUCAUCACCAGUCAUCCACCCCUCUGGUGGAAAAGUUCAUAGAAAACAAGUGCUUGAACCAGGUACUUCUGAAAAUAGGACAUGGCCUCAAAAGACAGAUUUUGCUGAUAAUGAGGAAGAAGCCAAAAGACCUAAGGAGAUCAUUAAUGAGCAUAUAGACAAAACAGUAGCUCCUCCAAAGGUCAAUUCGAACACUUUGACUGCUAGUCUAGACAAACUCCUGAAGGAAGCAACUGGAACUCCACCCUCUCCCUUGCAAACCAAAUGUGAACCGGCAACCACUAGGAUCAACCCUGAGUCUGAAGAGAGUAGAGUUUAUGAAAAAGGGAUAGAAUGGAAUCAGAACACAUCAGCCUAUCGGAGAGAGAUACUAGCUUCUUUUCCAGAGGCAGAAACUUUGGGAAAUACAGCUCUCUCCCAGAAAGCUCAAAGUGGUUCAGAAGAAGAACCCAGUCCUGUUUUGAAAACUUUGGAAAGGAGUGCUGCUAGGAAAAUGCCUUCCAAAAGUCUAGAAGAUAUUGCAUCAGAUUCAUCAAAUCAAGCAAAAGUAGAUAAUCUGCCAGAAGAAUUAGUGCGUAGUGCUGAAGAUGAUCAAAAAGCAGAACAGGAACCAGAUACAAAUGAAUGCAUUCCAGGAAUUUCCACAGUGCCUUCACAACCUGAUAAUCAGUUUUCCCACCCUGACAAACUCAAAAGGAUGAGCAAGUCUGUUCCAGCAUUUCUCCAAGAUGAGAGUGAUGACAGAGAAACAGAUACAGCAUCAGAAGGCAGUUACCAGCUCAGCAGACACAAGAAGAGCCCGAGCUCUUUAACCAAUCUUAGCAGCUCCUCUGGCAUGACGUCCUUGUCUUCUGUGAGCGGCAGUGUGAUGAGUGUUUAUAGUGGAGACUUUGGCAAUCUGGAAGUGAAGGGAAAUAUUCAGUUUGCAAUCGACUAUGUGGACUCACUGAAGGAGUUGCAUGUCUUUGUGGCCCAGUGUAAAGACUUAGCAGCAGCAGAUAUUAAAAAACAACGUUCGGACCCAUAUGUAAAGACUUAUCUGUUACCAGACAAGGGCAAAAUGGGCAAGAAGAAAACGCUUGUAGUGAAGAAAACGUUGAAUCCUGUGUAUAAUGAGAUACUGCGGGUAUCUAUGACCUCUCUAUCUAGGAAAAUCCUAAAUGGUGACCUAUGCAUUUAAAAGGCCAUGUCAUCUUGGGUAGUAUCUCUACAGAGGAAGUCAGUCACCAAGAGAGAAGGAAAUGAAUAACCAUUUUCUGAGAAUCUGCUUUGUAUGAGAUGAUACACCAUGACUGUUGUAUGCAUUAUCUCAUGCAUGCCGUCCAGACCCUGCCAGGGGGAUAGUAUUAUCUACGUCUCACAGAUGAGGCAAAUGAAGCUUAGAGAAAUAAAGGAACUUGCUCAAGGAUACACAGCUGAUAAAGCUGAGCAUUGCCGCCAAAACAGUCUUAUAAAAGCCUAAUUCUGAUCAUGUUAUUUCUUUGCUUAAAAUAUUUGAGGAUUCCCAUUAUCCUUAGGGUCAAGUACACCCAUCUUAACACGCACACCACUCCCUUAAUAACCUGAGCUCCAGCCUCAUCAUUCCACUUUCAUAGUCUUUCUUCAGGUCACCCUGAUUCCUUUCUGUUCUUUGGAGGAACUACAUUUUCUCACACUGCUGGGACUUUCUGUUCCUUCAGACUGGGAUAUUCUUCCCCACAUUGUCCAUAACUACUUCCCACAGCCUGAAAUGCCUCUUCCUAUUAGAAGCUGUCCUUAACCCCUAAGUUUCCCUGCUGUCUGCUGCCUCAGUCUCCUUGUUUUACAAUAGGCUGUGUUAACUUUCAGCACUUUAACUACUGGUUUAAUUGUAAGUUCCAUGAAGGCAGGGACCAACUCUGUGUUGCUUGUAAACUGGGUACCCUUACGCAAAUGAUUUAACCCAUCUGCACUUCAGAUCUGCAAAAGGGAGAUAAGAAUAGUACCUACCUACCAAUAUGUAUGAAGUAAUUAGUAUGCAUUAAACACUGAGUAAAUACUGGCUCUUAGCACAGUGUCUGGUGUAGGUACUUAAAAAAUGUUUAUAGAUGGAAGGAUAGAUGGAUGGAUAGAUGAAUGAAGAAUAUACCUGGCUCAAAUGCCCAUAUUCCUUUUUCCUUCAAACUUUAUUAUGCUGCCUUAGUCAUGAGUAACAGAUUAUUUAAAGCUACAAAUAUGAGAAGGAUUAUUCAUUCCCUCUUUCUGAAAAUUCUGUCCAAGUAUUUGGUUAUCCUCUGAGAAAAGGAGCAGCAUUAAAUUAACCCUCAGUCAUCCAUGUGUGAAUUUUCUGUAGCAAGUUUUUAAUUAUGAUUUGACUAUGAUAUACCUCAGAACCCUAGCUAUUUCUAGGUCAGCUACUUCAACCCUAUACUCAGGAAAAGCCAGCUAGUUUAAAUGGUAAACUCAGAGAAAGGCAAGUCUGCUACAACCAAAAUGGACAGUCAAGUAGUAUAUCAUAAUGCCAAAUAGAGAUUAUUUUUAGAUUAGAAAGACUAUUAUCCCUUCCAUGAUUAUAUAUAAUCAAGUACUGACUACAUUUUAGAUUAAAACUAUUAGGAUGCUGAAAAAACCAGGUUGAUCUUUUCUUGAAAAAUAUCUUGUCCUUGCAGGAUAAUGGUGGGAGAGGUUGUAUGUAUAUGGGACAGGUGGUAUAUAGGAACUCUUCUGUACUUUCAAUUUUGUGUGAAUCUAGAACUGCUCUAAAAAAUAAAGUCUAUUAAAAAAAUACUUUGUCCUUAGGUAGAAAACAGACCAUUGGAUUAAACUUCAUUUGUAUUUUUAGACUGAAUUUGAUUUAUGUUAUAUCUAGUUAGAACUAAAAACAUCCAGUAAAAAUUGAAUAAUUGGCUUUUGUUUUUAGAGAGCUAUUACCGGCUAUGAUAUUUGAGCCAUCAUUUGCUUUUCCAGAGGGGAAAAGAAAAAUGAGCUUUUGUGAAAGAUGAAUUUGAGCUCUUUGAAACAAGACACUUAGAAUAAGAUGACUUUGCAAUAUUCUUGAGACUUGAAACCUAGCAGAUGAGAAAAUCUGAUCUACACAGAUGACUUUUUUCUUCAUCUCUAUGUCAUAACUUUGGCAUAAAAUAAUAUUAUUUACCACUUUAAUUUCCUUCUUUGAA